AUGGGCAGGAGGCUCCCGUCAAACUCCCAUUUUAUUGAAAAUGGGGGAUUGACGGGUUCAUCCGUCAAACCUCCCACAGGGGACCUGUCAAACCUCCCAUGGGAGUUUAAUGGAAAUGGGAGUAAAGGAGCUACUGGUGGAUUUUCCGAAGAAACAAUAGAUACCAGUUUAAGGCGUUUAGUUAUUGAAGAUUACGAUGAUGAUACAAAUACAAAGAAGAAGCGAGCAAAGGUUGUGUUUUCAUAUGAGCCAGAACAGGAAGAUGAGCUGAAGCUUGAUAUUGGGGACAUGGUAGAGGUUUUCAAACAGGAGGAGGAAGGUUGGUGGGAGGGGAUAGUGAACGGCAAGCAGGGCAUGUUCCCAUCCAACUUUGUGGAGAUCAUUGAGGAAGGGGAUUCAACAGAACCAGCCGAUAUCUACGAUAUUGGAAGUGAUGAAAACGACGAAAACGACUUGAUAACCCAACAAGAAUAUCAAAAUGUGCUUGACAAAUGCGGGUACACAGAUCUUAUUAGAAGGUUGGAGGAAGAAACACAUGUAUGGAAAAAUUUAAAAAUCAAUAUAGCCAUCACUGGUGAAUCAGGAAGUGGAAAAUCCAGUCUGAUAAACGCAUUGAGGGGGCUAAAAGACGAUGACGAAGGUGCUGCGGAGACUGGCUGCGUUGAAACGACAACCAAACCAACAGCUUAUCCUCACCCAGAAAACAAUAACCUUUUGUUGUGGGAUUUACCUGGGGUUGGAACUCGAAACUGUCCAAAACGGGAUUAUCUAAAGAAAGUUAACUUCCAAGAUUACGAUUUUAUUAUACUCGUAUCAUCAAGUCGAUUUACUACUUUAGAUACAUGGUUGGCGACGCAGAUACAAAGUCGAUUUCGUGAUGCUAAUCUCAUAUUCAUUCGAACAAAAAUUGAUAGCGAUUUAGAAAGCAAACGUAAAGGAAAGCGUAAAGAUAUGACCGAACAGGACAGACAAAGUUUAUUAACAAAAAUCAAGAAAAACUGUGAAGAAAGUUUGAAGGAAGAAGGAAUAGCAAAUCCGCGCAUUUUUUUGGUAAAUAACCAUGAUACGAGCGCAUAUGAAUUUUACGAACUUGCGAAUACCCUUUUGCUUAAAAUGAACGCACUGAAGAGAGAUGCUCUAGUUUUCUCCUUAACCAGUUUCACUAAAGAGAUUGUGGCUGCAAAGGUCGAUUUAUUUAAAAGACGACUAAAUAAUGUAGCCAAAUACGCCGCAGUAGCAGCUCUCAUUUCAAAUAAACGCGAUGGUGUGCGUUUAGAGUUAGAUAUUCUUGUAGAAGAAGUUCGUUUGUAUAAACGAUACCUAGGCAUCGAUACACGUUCUCUAGAAAUAGUUGCAGAACGGUUUAACGUUGACAUUAAAGAGGUUUGCCCCGAAUUAUAUUCUAAAGAGGAUGCGAUACUGAGACAGUUUAAUAAACAUUGUUCAAUUCGAGACAUAGUCGCCCCAACUGGUGUACAUGAUCUACCGAUCAUUGGUAAAUGGUUGAAAUCUAAAGAAUAUCAGAGGCAAUUUAUUUUUAUGCUAAAACAAUUAUUAGAAAAGUGCGUGAAACAUAAUGCAACACUUCAGCAAAACAUAGCGAUCUGGUCGAUGAACCGUGAGCAAGAAAACUAGAGAAUCAAAUGAUAAACAAUUGUUGAUCAUUAUAUUUUUCAUUUAUGGUUAACAUUUCCAUUGCACAAUACAUGUACCUAAUUGUUUAUUUUAUCGAACGUUUUUCGUGAAAAAUUCAAUGUAAACCAUUUAACUUAAAGCUUUAAAAAUAGUUUCUUUCAUACUGU